UUGUUCUCUUACUGUAGUUCAAGAGAAGUUUAUUUUCAGCAUGAUUACAACGCAGCGUUUACAAUUUUCAACACUGUUUUACGCUCUCGACCUGAUUCACCACGAGCGCACUUUGGGAAGGGACGAGGCUAUGAGUUAAGGUAUGUAGGAGAACUGACCAGCAAUGACCGCGACUUCGUUCGGGCAAUACAUGAAUACGAACAAGUUCUUGACAAUGAAGAAACACCAGAUGCGCUGUUCCGGCAAGCUGCAUCUCGUCUCAUCGAGUUGGCUAGCUUUCGAGGAGAUUUCUACAGAUCCCUUCUAGCGCACCGAAUGCUUGUUGCCAGGUUCCCAGACGAGGUGGAGCACCAAACAAAUGUAGCUUUGACAUUUAUCAAAAUGAAAAGGCUGGCCGAUGCUAAGAAAGUCCUCCAAGACGUGCGUCUCUGCUAUAAUGACCAUAACAAUGGUGUUGCCCUCGCCUAUUACGGAUACAUUCUAAAGAAACUGGCGGGCGCUCCAGCAACCUCCAUUUCCUCAAUCACUAACAAAAUUUCUCAACCAGCCAAAUAUCAAUUACAGCGACACAUUCAGGCCUACAGCGUCUUCGAACACGCUGCUUCACUUGGACUAUUUCUCUCCGCCCAGCAACGAUCCAUGUACAACGUGGAAGGGCUCACCGGCAGAGCGUGGUGGACCAGUGAACAGACUGGCUACUCUAAAUAUCUCAAGGCCGUUGAACGCCAAUGGGUUUCCAUCCGUGCUGAAGCGGCUCGUGUACUCCAGUCGGUGCCCUACCUAUGGAAAGAGGAGAAUCCGUCCAUCACCGUCGAUGGGAGAUGGAUUGCAUUUCCACUUCUAGAAAACGGGCAUUUCAACAUAGACAAUUGCGAAAUGGCACCGCAAACCUGCAGUAUUCUCAAAGAGUUUCGCGAAAGCAGCAACGCAAGCAAGUCCGAGAUGCGAUUUUCGGCCUUAUCCUCGGGAGCACAAAUAUUACCACAUUGCGGACCGACUAAUAGUCGGUUACAAGCUCAUCUGGGCUUGAUUGUUCCAUCAGAAGCUAGAAUUAGAGUAGGUAACGAACAACGUGGUUGGAAAACUGGCAAAUUCAUUAUCUUCGAUGACUCCUUUGAACAUGAGUUACAAUUCGACGGAGCAUCUUCAGCCUCUCUACGUCUAAUCCUUCUCAUUGAUCUCUGGCAUCCUGAAGUCGAAUCGCAACAGCGAACAUUUCGUUCAACUAGAUAA